UCUGAAAAUGCUACUACUUCUAGUAGUGCGUCCAAGGGUGUUACUACUGUUAUUUCUGCUAAUACUACCACCACUAGCACUACUACCACUCCUAAAACUGGCAGUGUUAUUGUUGAUGAUGAUAUUGAUGGGGUGGAUAAGUGUGUGAAAGAUGUAGAAAAUAAUGAUCCGAACAGCAUUGAGACCAAUUCUUCCGUUGCUUCCUCCUCGUCCGUUAGUGCGACUAGUAAUAAUCAGGCUGCGAUGAAUGGCUUUCCGACCACUUCGAACAAAGUGAAUAACGACGCUGAGAAAGAUUUUGGGGUGUCAGGGGUGAGCAAAAGUGGGGGUGACGACUCUACCGCGGCACCUGCUAAGAAAUCAACUGGUGGGAAAUCAUCAUCCAUCAAUCCUUCUCGUGUAGUUUCAUCAUCGUCGCAGGCAGAAAAAGUACUCAACAAUAGUAGUAGUAGUAGCAGUAGUAACAAUAUUAGUGGCGGUGUUGGUUCAAUGGACGGCCACCCUUCCGAUGGGUGUGACAGCAAUGGGAAUCCCAUUUCUAUAGUUACCGCUCUUGCCCCUUCCACCAAAAUGGAGGACACUUCUCUGCUGGUCAAAGGGAGUGGUCUUGGUGGUAGUCGAAAGGGCAGCAGCUCCUCCCCUCUGGGUCCCUCCUGCACCACCACCACUGGAACAAAGGGUCCCAGUCGCUUCUUGAAAAAGUGCGAGUCCGACAACAACGCCAACAAUUUACAAGAAGCCUGCAAUGGAGAGCCUUCUGCCUCACACAAAAAGGAAAAGUCUCCGUAUGAUGCAGUUCUAAAUUACAGUCCGAAAUCCGCUUCACUCGCCUCCCGCAAACCGACCAUCAACAAGUCGUCGUCCCCACCCAAAGUGAUUUACCACACGAUUCAAGUGGAAGAGGAGCCUCGCAACUCGGUGUCCCCCGAACCAGUUUACACUCUCACUGCGCGCCCCUCCCUGGAUGGGACUGGACCCAAGAUUGAAAUAAAAAAUGUGACCAAGACCAAGAAGACAUCCUCUCCUUCGCCCUCUCUCUCGAACGAAACCGUGAGUGCCGAUUUCAAAGUGACGCUGCCAAAGCUCAAGACUGCAGCGAUUUCAUCAACUUCGUUCGAAAACGGCCAUAACAACGCUUCAAACGCUGGAGACGAAGAUUCUGAAGAAAAUUAUUCCCAAAAUAACAAGCUAAUUACCGUAAUAGAUGUUGAUAGUAUGAAUGCAACCAGAAAACCUGAAUCAAAAGAAAGUUCUCCGGCCUUCUCUACGAAUAAAAAGGAAGCGAGUCCCUUCACUGUGGACAAGGCUAAAGCUUCUCCCUCCACCACUCCAGAUAAACAAGUAACCAAGACCAAAAGUGCCCUCGCAACAAGACGAUCCCUCUCAAAAUCUCGAGAAAGCACGCCAACUUCUUCCACAGCGAAUAAGCUCAGCAACGGGGUCUCUCUGAAGGAAAAAUCAGCAACUCUGCCUCCCACCAUCAACGACAACGCUUCUGAGACGAAAACGACCAACGGGGAAGUUCACGUGGACAGCAGCAACAUCAACAAUUCAGAUGUCCACAUGGGACCUCACUCGAGCAAGUACAACGCUUACACGAACGGGAGUCAGCGAGACUCGCCCAACAGGAAUGAGCGCUAUGGGCGGAGCAGCCACGUGACCGCCGCCUCCACGAACAACGUCGCCGAUUCCUCGGACAAUGAAAGUGAUGCUUUGACCUCUUCCCCUCGUUCCAGUGGGAGGUUUCGCAGCAAAGAUGGCUUCGAAAAAGCAGGACUUACCGGACUACGGAACAUAGGAAACACGUGUUUCAUGAACACGGUCCUUCAGUGCUUAAGCAACACUAGACCUCUUCUCGAGUACGUUAUGGGACAUUACGACUCGGACAUAAAUCGAUCGACGUCUGGGAUGAAGGGCGCCCUAAUGCGAGCAUUUGGAGAGCUCAUUCACGAACUGUGGCGAGAUCAGCGCGUGGUUGACACGUCCGCCUUCAAAGAUUCGAUUCAAAGAUUUGCUCCCCGAUUCAUGGGAUACAGUCAGCAAGAUGCUCAGGAAUUCCUUCGAUAUUUGUUGGAAGGGCUGCACGAAGAUGUCAAUCGCGUCACGGCCAAACCCACACCCAUCACCACAGACAUUGACGAGUCCUUGAGUGAUGGUGAGAAAGCCACCGAAUCCUGGAGGCGGUACAUGCGCUACGAAAGUAGUCGAAUCGUAGACAUGUUCGUCGGGCAAUUCAAGUCGACCUUAAAGUGCACCGUGUGUGGCCACUGCUCCGUGACCUUUGACCCAUUUUGGGAUCUAUCACUCCCAAUUCCCAGUCGAUCCUCGACCGUUCGACUCUCCCAGUGUUUCGAACUCCUCACAAAGGAGGAAGUCCUUGAUGGGGAGGAAAAGCCAACCUGCGCCAAGUGUCAGUGUCGCCGCAAGUGCACAAAGAGCUUGGCAAUCCAAAAGUUUCCCAAAAUUCUUGUCGUCCACUUGAAACGCUUCUCGCUGGCGGAGAGGUACCGUGGCAAACUUAGCACUCUAGUCGACUAUCCGUUGAACGGACUUGACCUGACACCGUUCUCGUCGACGAGGGGAAAUGUGGGAGCUUAUAACUUGUACGGUGUCGCCAACCACUCGGGGUCAACCUAUUCUGGUCACUACAUCGCCUACUGUAAACAUCCCUACUCGAACGAGUGGCAUUGCUAUAACGAUUCGAGGGUCUCCCCCAUCAGUUCUCACAGCGUUGUUUCGCCCGAGGGAUACGUCCUCUUUUACGAGCAAGUUGGACAGUCGUCACUUCUGUAACGUCAAACACUAGCCUGGAAUUCAAUAUAUAGUUACGGCGAUGAAUGGGGUGGUGCUGCUGCCCGCAAGACAAUUUAACGUACUUGCCUCCCCUUACGCACACAUACUCUUAAUUUACAUAUGAAAACCUGCACAGAGUUUUACUCAUGUGUCCAUUUGGAAUCCAUUAUUAGUCUCACUCUCUCCUCUGGACAUUUUCAGUACUUGCCAUAAGAUUUUGUCACGUCUCACUCGCUAUAUGUAGGUUUACAUUAAAAAAGUGGUUAUAUAAUCUGCUCAUACUAUAAUCCACCAUUUACUCAUUUUAUUCUUCGACACGAUAAGCCACCCACAAAAAUAAUUACCCUCCCGCUCUUUUAAAUUUGUAGACAAGUUUUCUCUAAAAAUAAGUUUAUUACACUUUACACUUGCAUGCUUCCAGUUUUUUUCUUAUCGUCGUAUCGCAAAUGGUUAUCACUGUAAAAUAACAGCCGUCACGCUGGCGGUGGCGUCACUUAAUUUAUUGCCACAACAUUGUCUGAAGAUAUGUAUGGGCAGAUGCAUGCACAUGUUGUACUUGAAUGAUGGAGAAAGCUAGGAAAUGUAUGAUGAUUAUUGAUGAUGAACUUACCGUGUGUGCUAAACUAAGACUUUAACUAUGCCAUCAACAAUACAUACUUAAGUGUUAAUUGAUUAAUGUGUUCCGUAAAUCCUAUAUCUUUAAAUGUAUCCGAUCUGCUGGUGGAUGAUGAUCUUCCUUCAAGAAAGUAAUAAGAUUUUAAUUGAUAGAGUUAUCGCCGGGGUGAAUGGAAGACUGAUCAUUGAACUAAUUUAUUUAUGUUUUUGAACUCACAAUAAUCAAGAUAACUAGUGAGAACCACCACGAAUACCUUGCACUAUAUGCUAAUUAUUUAGAUAGCUAUAAUAUUACAUGUAUACGUAGCUCACAGUUGUCUAAUAUGUAAUAGAAAAUAACGUCUAUUUCGGAAGAUGUGUCCAGUACAUGAAAACAUAAAGGCAGCUCAAUACGCCAACUAAUUAUUCACUCUCAAAUUGUCAGCAGAGUUAUAAAUUAUUAUUAAAUAUUACGUAAAUAAAUACGUCUAUAGUGUAAAAUCGAUAGUUUUCAAUAUGUACUCAAACGCCUGAUUUUGGCGAAGAUCACAUAAUAUUUAUCAGACAGAUUUAUAUAUACGAUAACAACAAUGUGCCGUGAUUGUAGCGGAUGUACCUUCAAAUAAACUAAUUAAUUAUUAAUUAAUACAUACAUGUCCUUAUUACAGACACGAAUAAAUAAUAUAUUAUACAAAGUCUAAUCAAUAUAUGUAGCUGCAUGUGUAGCUUAACAUAUGUACCACUCUGUUAACCCACCAUUGUAAGGAUUUCACUAAACAGCAGGAUAACGUUUUAUGUACCUCCACGUUUUAUGUUCACUCGUGAUGAUAUCCGCCAAGUCAAUAUGAUAUUUGAUUGUCGAAAAUAUGAGAACGAAACAGAAUAAAUUUUUAACUAAGA